GAGCGGCAGCCAAUGAUAUAGGUCGCUGAGGAAGCUAGCUUAGGUUUGAAUUUGUGGCUGUGCUUGUAGCGCCUGGAAGCCUUCUCCGUCAAGUUGCCGGAGACGCUUUCUCUAGAAAACUGCCCCAGCAUUCAUGUGAGCAGGAAUCAAGAUAACUAAAAAUGUCUGUCACUCAGGAGGAUUUAUGUCACCACAUGAAAGUAGUUGUUCGUGUGCGUCCUGAGAGCACAAAAGAAAAAACAGUUGCGUUCCAUAAAGUUGUUCAUGUUGUGGAUAAACAUAUGCUCGUUUUUGAUCCAAAGCCAGAGGAAGUCAGUUUUUUUCACAAAAAGAAAUCUACAAAUUUUGAUAUUACUAAAAGACAAAAUAAAGAUCUAAAGUUUGUAUUUGAUGCUGUAUUUGAUGAAACGUCAACUCAAAUGGAAGUUUUUGAACAUACUACGAAGCCAAUUCUUCAUAGUUUUCUGAAUGGUUAUAAUUGCACAGUACUUGCAUAUGGUGCCACUGGAGCUGGGAAGACUCACACAAUGCUAGGAUCAGCUGCUGAGCCUGGAGUGAUGUACUUAACAAUGUUAGACCUUUUCAAAUCCAUGGAUGAGAUUAAAGAAGAGAAAGUGUGUACUACCGCAGUUUCUUAUUUAGAGGUAUAUAAUGAACAGAUUCGUGACCUCUUGACAAAUUCAGGACCACUUGCUGUCCGGGAAGAUGCCCAAAAAGGAGUGGUUGUUCAAGGUCUCACUUUACACCAGCCCAAAUCCUCAGAGGAAAUAUUACAGCUACUGGACAAUGGAAACAAAAACAGGACACAGCAUCCCACUGACAUAAAUGCUGCAUCUUCCCGUUCUCAUGCUGUUUUCCAGAUUUAUUUGCGACAACAGGACAAAACAGCGAGCAUCAAUCAAAAUGUCUGUGUAGCCAAAAUGUCACUCAUUGACCUGGCAGGAUCUGAGCGGGCCAGCACUUCUGGUGCUAAAGGGACACGAUUUGUAGAAGGGACAAAUAUUAAUAAAUCGCUUUUAGCCCUUGGGAAUGUCAUCAAUGCCUUAGCAGAUACAAAGAGAAGGAAUCAGCAUAUUCCUUACAGAAAUAGUAAGCUUACUCGCUUGUUGAAGGAUUCUCUUGGAGGAAACUGUCAAACUAUAAUGAUAGCUGCUGUUAGUCCUUCCUCUUUAUUCUACGACGACACUUACAACACUCUUAAGUAUGCUAACCGUGCAAAAGACAUUAAAUCUUCUUUGAAGAGCAAUGUUCUUAAUGUCGACAGUCACAUAUCUCAGUAUGUAAAGAUCUGUAAUGUACAGAAAGCAGAGAUUUUAAGGUUAAAAGAAAAACUAAAAGCAUAUGAACAGAAAGCCUUGACUGACAAAAAUGACUGUGGAAAAUUAGUGCAUUCAAACACUCAAGACAAAGAAAUUGAAAGAUUUCAAGAAAUUCUAAAAUGCUUGUUCCAGAAUCGAGAAGAAAUCAGGCAAGAGUAUCUGAAGUUAGAAAUGUUGCUUAGAGAAAAUGAACUGAAGUCAUUCUAUCAACAACAGUGCCAUAAGCAAAUAGAGAUGCUGUGCUCAGAAGACAGAGUAGAAAAGGCCACAUGCAAACGAGAUCACAGACUUGAAAAGUUGAAAACUGUUCGCUGUUUCCUCGAAACAAAGAAGGAAGAGGUGUUGAAACAGUUUGAUGAGAAUACUAAUUGGCUUCAGCGAGUGGAAAGUGAAAUGAGGCUCUUAGGUCAAAAUGGUGACAUUCCAGAGGUACUCAGUAAAGAUCUUCAUUGUCACCAUUUUCGGCUCCAGACUAGAGACCUGAAAACACAAAUGGGAUAUUUGAAGGCCCUAGCUUGUCUCCAAGAGCGGCAGCACAGUCAGACUGAGGCAGUAUUGAAUGCUUUACUUCCAGCCUUAAGGAAAAAGUAUUGCAUGACGAAAAAAACUGAUCUGUCAAAGGAUGCUUUUGAUUCUGACUUCGAAGAUAUUGAGCGUUUGGUGGAGAGGAAGAAGGUGGUGGUUUGGGCCGACCAAACUACUGAACAUUCAAACCAGAGUAAUCUUCCAGGGAUUUCCCUACUUAUGACCUUCCCACAGCUUGGACCCAUUCAGGCUAUUCCUUGUUGCACAACCUCAAGUGAACCUAAUUUGCUUGAUACUACUCCACAAAAGAGAACCAGAAGAAAAUUAUUGUCUUCCUCCUUGAAAGAAAAACAUGCUCAGAAGUCUCCACUGUCUGAAAGUUCACAGCUCAACGAUUCUUUUAGCAAGGAACUUCAGCCUAUUGUUUAUACCCCAGAGGACUGCAGAAAAUCUCUUCAAAACCCAUCUCCAGCCUUAGUAAGACCUUUGUCACAUACUACAAGCAUAGCCAAUGAUAGUUCUUUGAAAAUGCCGUGUGAAGUAGGUUCUCCUCUCAAUGGGAGAACAGAGUGUAAACAGAAUGCAGACUCUUCAUUAACUAUAUGUGAUGAUAUCAGGAGCCUGAAGAAUAAAUUGCCUGAACCAGAAUCACUACCAAACAGCAAAAGCAGUUUACCCAGGCAUGAAUCUUCCUUAUUUUCAACUAAAGAGUCUAGGCCUGUAUCAACAAGUGUGCCGUCCUAUAUGGCUAUGACUGCUGCUGCCAAGAGGAAAAGGAAGUUAACAAGUUCUGCAUCAAAUGCUUCAUUAAAAUCUGACGAAAAUCAUGGAUUGGCCAAGCGCAUUCGACAGGAUAAUUCAAGUGAUAAGCUCUUGCAAGAAAACAAACUGACAGUAGGUUAUAAAAGAAACACCAACAAAGUAAAUUCAAACAUGUUUAGAAAAUUUAGAAGAAAUGCUUCUAAAGAAAAUAUACACUAAGAAGUGUCGAUGUCCCUGCAGAAAUGUACUUCGUGUCUCUGAGAGACCACCUAGAACUGCUUACUCAUCAAACAAAAUAAAAACUCCUUUUGUACUUUAAGUAAAUAUAAAAUUACAAGAGGUUAUAUUUACCAUUUCUCAAAUAUUUGUUACUCUUGAAAAUCUCUUAGUGAACAUGUCAAUUUAGUUUUAUUUUACCUCAGCUAUAGAUUAGCACAUUUUAGAAAAAUGAUGACCUAAAUUACCCUUAUUAUUUUCAAAAAUUAGGAGACUCUAGAAGUCAUAAAAUUAAGACCAAGAUGUAUUUGUCUUCUGUUCUCUGUCAAUAUGUGUUUUAUUCAUAUAUGUGAUUUUACUUUUGAAAACUUUGGUGCAGAAAUUUAGAUAUACAUGCCCAUAGUAUUGUAAAUAUUGUUUAAAUACCUGUCACAAAUACUAAUAUUUUAUUGCUUGGUGUAUUAAAGAUAUAGAUUUUAA